AUGUGGAUCAGUGGGCAGAACAAGUAUCCUUCCGACGUCAACGAGAUUGAUUUUCGCUAUAACCAAGGAACUCAACUUCGCGACCCAAGCAUGACGGAAAUCGCUGAUUACUAUCGGCGCAUUGUCAAUUGGUACGUCAACGGUGGAUUUACCGACGAAUGCGGCACCUACCAUUAUUCUGGUCAUCACUGGCCUAUCGAGCUAUGGGAAGUUCUAAACGAACCGGAACUGGAGCAUCAAUUUACGCCAGAACUGUACAACAAAUUUUACGAUGCCAUAACUGCGGCAAUUCGUGAAGUUGCGCCCAAGAUUCAAUUUGUUGGGGGUGGGCUGAUCAAUAAGACCAUCGACUGGGUGGAGACCUUCAUGGACUCGAGCAAGCACACCCCUGGAACAGAGCUCGGCUGGCUCAGCUACCACCAUUACGGCUGGCCGGACCCCAACGUAACCGAUGAGCAGGAGCAAGCAACAUCGAGCUUCCAGCAGAUGGACGAUUUCAUCCUUCAGGUCCAGAAAAUUAACCAGGUUCGAGCGAGAUUGAAUCCGGGAAUGCGCAUUGGGUUCGGCGAGAUCGGCACCAUUCUCCAAAAAGCAGGCAUACAUAUCACUCCUGGAUACGUCAUUUCAGAUGAGUAUUGGGUGUGGAGUGCAAGCGUGUUUGCCUAUGUCUUUGCAAAGACGUCGGGGUUGGAUAUCGACGCCAUCGCGCAAAGUCAGCUUGAUGGAUACCCUGGCCAGUUCGAAUCAGUAUCCAUGGUUGACUACCGGACGGCCGAGCCCAAUGCACGAUAUAGGGUUCUUGAAAUGCUGCAGAAGAACUUUCAAGCGGGGAUAAGCUUCACGACUUCAGCAGACGAAAAGGCUUACCACGCUCAAGCUUAUCGAACUGUUGACGGCCAAAGAAAGCUGCUCUUGAUCAACAAAACGGCCCAGAACCACACACUUACCAUAUCCAGUUUCAACCAGGGGCAGGCACAGAUUUGCGACGUGAGCUCGGGUUCGAAUCCUCAUAGAACGGAAAUCGUUCAAGGUGACGAGAUCACGCUUACACCUUUUGCAACCGUGAUCCUCAUUCCCAGUUGCUAA